AUUACACCCAAGUACAAAUUGUCAUCACAAAUUCAACAAUAGCUCGUUUUUUUUCCAUUUACAUUUCAUAUUAAGGGAUCAGCUGGACCAUGAUGUGCGACGUAGGAUUGCCGUGCGUAUAUGAUCCGGGUCAGUGCACGGCUCCGGCCAACGUGAAGCCGCGCUUGUUCACGAUCAUGCUGCUCCAUUGCUGGCAGCGGGAGUACGACAAGCGGCCGUACAAGAAGUUCCAGUUCCGGAGACUGGACUUUGAGGAGCGUAUUGGCCGGAGAUACCAUUGUAUUCGUGACUUUCGCAUCAUCGUGAACUUUCUGUUGCGCCGAUCCCUGCUGGAGGUGUCCAUCUGGAGCGUGGUGGUUAGCAACUGGGAUGCAAAACUGCUGCAGGAGUUUGCCCUCUCGCUGAUUCGCGUGUGGAAGAUCGAGCUGAAGCUCAUGCAGCUGCCAACCGAGUUCUUUGUGAUGUUGCGCCUCAAUGCGGCAAAGAUGGAGGUCGUCGAGCUCAGUUUGGAGGGCACGCCCCUCAGCGAUCAGAAUGUUCGUAUGCUGCGAGAAUUCUUGCUGGUCAACAAGACCCUGCACACCCUCAACGUGUCCCACUGCAGUCUUACCCAGUACAACUUCGCCCUUAUAGCCGAUGGCGUCCACAAGUCGGGUGUGCGCAGCCUGAAUGCCAGCCGCCUCCUGGGCCUCAAGCUCAGCCUGGACACGGAAAAGAUGGCCUCAAUAAUUGGCUCUCUUCUGAUGCAGAACCACCUAGUUGUGCUCACGCUGCAGCACUGCGAGUUCACGGCCCAGGACAUGCAGCCCAUUUCCGAGUAUCUGUACGGAAGCAAGUGCGCAUUGCGCGAGCUCAAUCUGGCCAGCAAUCUGAUUGCCGCCGAUGGCACCCUUUUCCUAAUGCGAGGCAUUGCGCAGGGUGGCGGCCUGGAGCUGCUGGACAUUAGCUGCAACAGUAUUGGCACCCAUGGCGGUGAAUGGAUCGCCAUGUAUCUCAGCUCGUGCCGUAUGCUGCAGCAUUUGUAUCUAAACUACAACGACAUUGGAGAGUCCGGCAUCAAUCUCAUUCUGCUCACCAUCAAGAAGGAGUCAAAGAUGAAGCGCCUGAAUCUCUAUGGCAACAGUUUCGAUUCUCGCUCGGCCAUGAUCGUGCGGCGAUUACUGGACGCAGAGGUGCUGUUCCACGAGGAAAUCGAUAUAAGUUAUACCUACGAUGAGGCCCUGCAGGACUAUCGCAUUGUGCCAUGGCGUUGACAGGAGAAA